AUGCCCGACCAGGACAAUGAUCUCCUGGCCAGACUGAAUGCUCUCAAGCCAACGACUAUAAUCUACUCCAAAUCAUCUGUGGAGAACACCAGGCACACGUCAGCUGAACACCAGCUAGAAGCUCGUCUAAAGUCUUUGCGAAGCUCAUCUUCGCGCUCGAAUACAGGAGCUGAUGGUGGCAAACCGAGCAGUCCGGCUCCUUUCGAUCGCGCAGAUGCCUUGCGAGCGGAAGUACAGGACGAAGUUGCCUCCGAGCGAGAUCCUAUCCGUGACUGGCAGCAGAAUGAAGUGGACGAGCAGACUUUAGAAGAGCUUCUGGCGGAACUUGGUCCGGAUGAUCAGUGGAAGCUGGACCCUCAGGAUCCCAAGCAUGUUGCCUCAUUGCUGAAGGAGGCGAAGGACGCCUUGCCUGAGACAGACGAAAGCCACAAAGAGCCAUCCGUCAAGGACGAAGAUUCGCGGAAGAUUGAGGCUAAGGACGUGCAAGCUGAAGGUCAAAGUGAAGCCGAGCAGGGAGAGGACCUCAGCAAAAAAGAAGAUCAAGAAGACGAGGUAGAAGCCAACGAGUACGUCAAGAAAGUACUCGCAGAACUAGACGUUGAAGCAAGAUACGGAGGAAAUUCUCCCGACGAUCCUGAGCCCCAGGAACAUAAAGAAGACGAGCAAUCUUCCACUCUCAACCUCCCAUCCACCCCCUCAACCCUUCCCCCACCAUCCUACGAAGACAGCGAACUAGCCACCCGCUUCUCCAAACUAGGUCUCGACCUCCCGUCCGCACCCUCCGCCCCACCCUCUAGCAAACCAAAAGUCACGGCCAGCAUACUACCCGGAGGCAGAGCCAAAGGCAAAUCGAAUCUACCAACACAUACGGACGACGAUAUCGACUCGUGGUGCUGUAUCUGUAACGAAGACGGCGGGGUCAGAUGUCUUGGCUGUGAUGGCGACAUUUACUGUCAGAAUUGUUGGCGGGAGGGGCAUGGGAACCGUGCGGGACAGGAGAGGGGGCAUAGGGCUGUGCAGUUUGUGCGGAAGGGUGGUGGAGGGGCUGUGGUGGCUGGUUGA